AUGGAGGCGUUGAGUAUCUAUCCAAUCUUCGAGAACGUCUGCAAGUACCUCGCACCUCGAGACAUCUUCAUGCUCAAGGCAACCGCGAAGACCUUUGCUCCUUUGAUCGACUCUCUGUUCAGUGUCUCGUGGAACAUCAAUCGCUUCCUCUCACGAUUCACAAGCAACCCGUGGGGGCUUCGCUCUAUGAUGGCUAGGUGAGUACACGUUCCAUCCAAGCUGGGAAGCUUUCCCCCUCUUUGAAAUAUCCUAUUCCCUCGGGUAAUCUCAAGGGUUGUUCUGACUGGAAUUCGACAGACAUGACAUGACGCCUUGAUAGCCGAGAGUGCAGCUCUUCAAUUCUUUGAUAGGUCUGAUUGGUAGAGAGCCCAACUUGACAUCUACGUGAAGGAGAAUAGAGUACAGAACACAUGGAGCACGGGCGUGAAAGAUAUCAGAGAGAUCUUCAUCAGAGAUGGCUACAGAGAGGUUAUUGACAGAUUUGGUGUAAUAACAAGUUCCCAUUCUUAUCAAAUUAGAGCACAGCUAACGCCAAUCCAGCUUCAACGUGUUGAAACCUGGGUCCGACCAGAUGCCCAAGGUCGCCAGCUGACAGUCCAAAUCAUGAGCAAAUCAUGCCAUCCACUCACCGCGAUUCUAGGCUGCCUCUACGUCUCAUCCAUGAUGAACUUCAUCACCUGGAACGCAGCAUACUCCAUCUUCCCCGACUCGCUCUUCACCAAGAACAAGAACUACCUCAUGAACGGCGGCCCCACCGACACGGUUGAUCGAGAUAUCUGUAUCGAGUACACCCUCAACGGAUUUCCUGUCACUCACCCCGAGCCCGGAGAAUACGAGUCCACCCAAUCCUUCCAAGACAACUUUCGACAACUCGGCGAUGGCUUCACCUGGAAGAUCAAUCUGGACACCCAGAACGUCGAACCAGGCGCCCCAGCAUCGGUCAUUGAGAACACUCUCUUCCGAUUGACCUUGAUGGAUGUGCGACCUAAGUUCCACGUCGUCCCGAUUGACAAUUUGAAUUACAGUCUUCUUGUUGUGAAGCAUGGUAAAAGACCUCCAAUUGUCCUUGACAACGAGCCGUCCCCACCCUUUAGAUACUUCUAA